CAGAUGAGCGCCAAGGUUCUAUCUCGUUUGGGGAAGACAGCGAGGCUGUGUGUGAGGCGAAUUGGUGGUUUGACGUUAGUCCGGUAUAGACGCCAUGCUCUCCAGGAAGAAGAGGUCCGGGGCGGUGCGGAGUGACCAGUGGGUGCUGGUGGCCCCAGACAUCCUUAAUGAAAGCGCUCAAAAGCCAACAAAUAAGACCUUAUUUGUAAAACUACGCAGUCCAUCUACAGAAAAAGGAGUUUUGUUCCUGUUUAUUAACUCUGGCGAACAGAUCUGUGAAUUGAAAGCUUUUCAUGAAGAGUACCGUUCUUGGUUCGUAGGGCAGACAGUUCAACAAGACGGAAGACUUUUGUAUGCCACUCCAAUGGAUCCCCUGUUCUUGGUGCUGUACUAUUUGAUUAAAGCCUACAGAGAGCAAGAGAAGUUUCAGCCAUUGGAACAGAUUGUGGUAGACGAGGAAUUUCCCUCAUGCAAUAUGUUACUGGAAUGUCCUCGGGUAGCUGAAUCCAUACAUCACGUGACAGAAGAGAAAGAAAUUAGCAGCAAGAAAUUUUAUAAGUACAGCAAAGAAAAAACACUGGCAUGGUUAAAGAAGAAGGUUGAUCAGACUGUUAAGGUCCUAAAAAGCAGUGAAAUUUGUGUCGGAGCCGGUGUACAGUCUGCUAAUUUUAUUCGGACUAAGCAAGAAUCAGAUGUUAAAGAAGAAGAUUAUACUUGUUACGCCCAUGGGCUGAUAUCGGAAUACUUGCCAGUUGAUCUUAAAGAAGAACUGUCAAAAUUCUUAGAACUACCCGAACCAUCGAGCCCAGCUCAAGAACCUUCUUCAAAGAAAAGAAAAUUUUCUGACUUACCCGUGGAAGCAGAGGAGGACUACACAAAGUUUAAUUCAGACAGCAAACACAAAAAGCCCAACAGCAAGAUGACAGCAGCACAGAAAUCACUGGCUAAAGUGGACAAAAGUGGCAUGAAAAACAUAUCCUCGUUUUUCAGUCCCAAGAGCAAGAGCAAGGCAGCUAAAUAAAUCUUAAACAGUUUUGUAUUGAAAGCCAUAUUUUAUAUAAUAAAAAUAUUGUUUCUGUAACAA